GGAAGUUACCUGCACUCGUACAUAACUCAUUGAACCUGACCUUGCUCACACUUUUCCAUUUCAUGGCCUGCUCGGAUGACGCUACGAUCACUUCCUGCGGCAUCGGCAGGGGAAAAUCACGCGUUUGUCGUGCAGGCGGCUGUUGGAAAAGCUCAUGCACUCCUACUGACAGACGAGGGUGUGAUUUACAGCUGGGGCCCCAAUAAUGACUUUGGCCAGCUUGGGCGUGUGUGCAGCAACCAGGACAAGAUGCUGAUGCCGACACCAAUAAGUGCCAGCAUCAAGCAGGAAAUUAUCGUUCAGGUUGCUUGUGGUUCGAACCAUUGUCUUGCUUUGACCCAAAAAGGUGCUCUUUUUGCAUGGGGCCAGAAUAGAGCUGGUCAGCUUGGCGUGGAUGGAUUUAAUGCUCACGCUCCGGGGAGCGAACUCGUUGUGAACCUUCCAACCCCUGUCAAGUUUUUCAAUGGGCAGGAAGGGGCUAUGUGCGCAAGGAGUUGCAGCUGUGGCCCUGAGAGCUCUGCAUGUGUCACCGUCAGGGGCGAGGUGUAUGCCUGGGGUGCAAUCAGCUACUAUCUUAUGGGCGCAGAAAAACAAUAUGGACCUGGGGAGAAUUGCACCGUUCCUGUUUGUAUCAAGAACUUGCCCAAACAGCUGUACGCGGACGAGUCGGGGCCAGACCAGGUGUCUGUUUACAAGGACAUUGUUGCCUGCAAUGUGGCGAAACUGAAUAUCGAAGAUGAGAUGGCCAGCCUUGUGAGAUCCUUGAAAAGCCGGUCAUCUCAAUUGCUCUCCGUGCUGCGUAUGAAGAGGGCCGAAGCGAGCGACAGGCCAACAGCAGGAGAAGACAACUUUGAUGUAGAGGAGCUUCGGCUUUUAAAUCAUGAUUUCCAGAAUCAAAAGAAGGUCGUUCAGGGCCACAUGGAUACCUUGCAGAAGCAGUUCAGCAGCUAUAAGACCGAACUGUCCAGAGUGAAGAGAGAGCUUACGGUUUGUGAUCAACAAGACGCAGCCCUGACUGAGACAGCUCGCAAUUUGGAGGCCAGAAAGGAUCAUGUUGGAGAUAGUGCUGCGAACAAGCGCACUCUUGAAACGAAGCUUCACGACAUCAGCCACUUCAAGUCCUCGAAUCAACGCAAAAGACUUCAGUUGCUGAACGACAGAGACGAGACUGAGCGCCAGCUACUUCAUCUCACCCAGGAGUUGACCGUUGCGCUGAACCACCAACAACAGUUGGAGAGCCGCACGAGAAUGAUACGAUCUCUUCAUGGUGAUUCAGGCAAUAAGAACAGCACCCUGGAUGAAAAGGGGCUCAAGGUUGCAGAUGACAAGCGAAGAGAGCUUGCCGCCACAGAACCAAUGCAGCUAGCAGGUUCUGGGCGCUUCGAUGGGUUGCACGAAGUUGUGGAGAUGUCAAAUGGUUCACUCCAGGAUGUUUCUAGCUCUUUGAAGGAGGCUCUGGUUUGUUGGGAGAAGUGCAGACAAUUCAGAAAAAUUGCACUUGUGCAGUGGCUCCUGGCUUGUAAGUCUGUUAUCCGUUUGUGCACUUGGGGCUAUGGUGAGACUAUAAAUAUUUAAAUAGACUGGCAGACGCCCAGUGACGCCCACCCGGGGUAGAAGCUUGACAGGUGGCCGGGCGGCGCGAUUUUAGUUGCAUGACUGACCAAUGGGAUAUGUGCUAAAGCAAAGUAUGCAGACGACACUUUGCAGAGGUCCGCAGAAGUUUCCAGGGGCUCGCAGAACCUGACUUCGUAGAAAGAUUUUGCAUUCUCAAUGAGUUUUGUUUCGUCCUUCGACAAACCAUGUUCGAUUUUCAGAAGCGCACAAAAGGUUCGGGAUUCUUUUACAGCAUGGUUCUUGGCCAAGGGCCAAAGCCCAAAUCCAGCCCAAAGUACAAUCAAAAAUCCGGAUUACCAUCUAAUCUAUUUCUGCGCACAGACGAGCUGAAAUCUGUACAAGCAUCCGUGCCCUUUGAAACGGGAUUGGGCGCAACAGUGUUGAACGGUGCUUCUGAAGCCCUGUUGUCUUCUCGGGGUGCGCUCCACUGUCCAAUUUGCAACACCUACUCAGACCGAGUUACUCGGACCAGAGAUGUCGCACGAGUUACUUUGAACCAACCCACAUUGGACGAAGACAAG